UCAAUAAUCUCGCAUGUUUGCGAGCCAAGGAGCACUGGACACCCUGCAACAUUCAAACACCACCACUACCACCACCACCCCGGUCUCACGGUUCUUCCUCGUCGCAUGGAGUCGUUCCUCCCGUGAACCCUCACAUGCUUUCGAUCCUUCUUGCCCUGAGGGCUCCGCCAGGUUUCCCAUCAAACCAACAAUCCCCAUCGACGUAGGCUCCCCCCUCUUCACUUCCUCGAACCAACCGCGCGGCCAUGCCCUCCAUCAUCGACGGCCGCGUCUCCCGCCGCCCCUACACCCGCUCCGAGACGGCCACCCGCGUGACUCACCUCGUCCGCAACCCCGGGCUUCUCACGGCGCGCGAGGUCGUCUGCGGCGUCUACCUCGCCUACGUCGCCUACGUCGCCGCCCUCACCCUCAGGAGCGUCGCCUACCUCGUCUCCAACGCCGACGGCCGCGCCAUGUGGUGCCCCGCCGACCCGCCCGUGCCGGACUGGUACCCGCCCGGAUGGAAGGUGGAGCUGAGCCGCUGGGACUGCUUCCGCAUGCUGCGGUGGAUGGUGCUCCGGAGGAUCGGGGCGUUGGCGUAUGAGGUUUUUGCCUGGGGUUGUUGCGCGGCACUGGGGGCUUUCGUAGCCGAGGAGGGGAUCAGGUGGGCGAGGGGGAGGUAGGUCACCUUUCGAUGC